AGUGUUUAUAAUAUUUAGUCCUGAUUCUGGAUCAGUUGCAGCUGACUGUUCUCUCGGUCUUUCUCCUGCUAUUGGCUGCCGCUGUGACCGACGCUGACUGGAGAUCAGCUGUCUGUCCAAUGAGAGCGCUUUGACGGGAACACAACCAGCGUCUGACCGCGAGACUGCAAAUGUCUGAAGCGCUAACGUCCCUCAGUUCCAAACCAGGGAGCGGAAACCAGCGGAAAGUCGAGCCGCAGAACCCCCCAAAUUCACAUUAUGCUGAAAAAGUCUCGUUGCUGGAUGGAGACGUUCAGAACAGCAAACACGACGACGACGCCGAGGAAGCAGGGAGGAUCCGUGCAGUUCCAAUCCACCGGCGCCCGGAUCUGCUGGUACCAUGUGCGGACCUGGUCAACUCCGAGUGGCGGAGGAGCCAGGCAGCCCGGGUCCACUCCCUCCAGAAGUCCUGCUCGGAGUUCCCCGUCUGCCUGGUUCUCCUGCAGGGCCCCAGAGGGACAGAGGAGAGGCUCCUCGGCCAUGCCCGGCUCACCCGGGUCAUGGGUCAUGGCAGCAGCCUGUUUGUAGAGUCGGUAGUUGUGUCCAAACAGGAGCGGGGGAAGGGCUACGGUCGGGUUCUGAUGGAGGAGACGGAGCUCUACGCUAAACGCAGAGGCUUCAAGCGUCUGUGCCUGACCACCCAUGACAAGCAGCACUUCUACGCCCAUCUCGGCUACGUCCUGUCCACGCCGGUGCAGAGCACCAGUACUGUGAUGGCGCUCCUCCCUAUGGGGAUGCUCAUGAGACUUUCCAGAGCUCCAGACACGGAAGCAAACCCAAUGAAACAAACUCCAACAAGAAUGGAAGACUUAGAACGUAGUUGUGCUGAUGGGUCACCUUCACCUUCUCAUUUAAAUAAUCCUCUUCCCUAUGUACCUCCAUCAUCUCCUCCUCUUCCCUCCAUACCUCCACCACCUCCUCCUCUUCCCUCCGUACCUCCACCACCUCCUCCUCUUCCCUCCGUACCUCCACCACCUCCUCCUCUUCCCUCCAUACCUCCACCACCUCCUCUUUCUCUUUCCUCCUCAGUGCCUCCUCCACCGCCCCAGUUUUCAGGACAGCCUGUAGUUCAGACUUUGACGGAAACCCCCUACAGAGACGCCAGAGGAGUUCCCAUCUUUUGGAUGCACAAGGACAUUUGAUGAACAGUCGGACAUUUGAUGAACAUAUCUAAAAUAAGACACACUGAGAUACACUCAGGGAAAACUGCCUUAAACCUCAGAGACGGCAUUAGGAAACCAAACAAUCAAAGAUCAAUGCACUUCUUGCACAAGCUAACCUUCAAGGUCCAGUACCAGUUGCAGAAGAACCACAAAGACGGACAAAACACCAACAAAGAGACGAGAGAAAACUGAAAAAUGGUUAUGGGACAGAACAAUAACUUUUAAUAAAAAAGGUUUAGAUCUUGUAAGAUGGAGAAGAGGGUAGAAACAAACCCCUCCAUAUUAGGAUUUCUGGAAGAAGUAUGAUAAAGAUCUUUUACUUAAUUGUUUAUCUCUAUAUCAUGAUUUCAAACUGAUUUGUGCAAAAAAAUCCAACCUUUGGGAAACUUAAUAAACCAUCUUGAAAGAAA